CAUGGAGCCCUCACAACAACAACAUGUCAAAAUUUCCUCGCGACGCCACAACAUCCCCUCGUUCUCGACACGCCGCUGAUGUCUUCUUCACAGACACGGUGGUAGGUUUUUAAAUCCAACUCAGGUGGAGCAUAUCGUGAGGUGAUACAAUUCCACGUUGGUUUAAAGGUUAUGUGGGACCAUCCAAGGCGGUAGACGCUUAUGUCCACGCGCUGUAUAGCGCCGCCCGUCGGCCCCGAGUAAAACUGCAGCGCCUCCUCUCCUUCCUACUCUCCAAUGUUCACAGCUCGGCCGGAGCCCGUCGUCUUCCCGGCUCCAUUUCAACUGGAUUUUUAACACUCCUUACCACACCAGAUCAGGACAGGACCGCGUCUAAGGUGGAAAAUGUCCAGUGAAAGACAACGGUCAGAUGAUGAAAGUCCCAGCACCAGCAGCGGUAGUUCCGAUGCGGAUCAGAGAGAUCCUCCAGUGCCAGAACCAGAAGAACAAGAGGAGCGAAAACAACCCACGCCUCCACAACAGCAGAAGAAGUCCACCAAACUGUCCAGCAAAACAACAGCCAAAUUAUCCUCCAGUGCGAAGAGAAUCCAGAAAGAGCUUGCAGAAAUCACUCUGGAUCCUCCACCCAACUGCAGUGCGGGACCCAAGGGUGACAACAUCUAUGAGUGGAGAUCCACCAUCCUGGGCCCUCCAGGUUCAGUCUAUGAGGGAGGCGUGUUCUUUCUGGAUAUCACCUUCUCUUCCGAUUACCCCUUCAAGCCACCAAAGGUACAGUGUGGAAAACCAUCUUCCCUUUUUAUUCACUAUUUUUGAGGUAUUAAAACAGGGGAUGCUUAAUCCUGCUUCAAGUGAUCUGCCUUCAUGCAUUGCUUACUUACAACUCUAAUCAAAGUCUUGAAAAUUACAGGCAAGUGUACCAGGAUGGAGCUUAACUCAGGCUGUGUUUGAAAACCUAGUGAGCAGUCAUGCUUUCUACUGCUCAUAUACUGUAGGCUGCUGCCUUCUGAGGGAGAAUCCUGACUGACAUAGCGCUUUAUAAGUGAAUGAUACAUGAAAUGCUUACGAAUGCAUUAGAACUUGGUCAGAAGCAGGUGUCUUAGAAGGCAGCAUCAUCAUGCUUUUAGAAGCUGCAUAGACAGCUCAUUAAGUUUCACAAAAGGGUCUCAAUCUAAAUGCAAAAUCAAAUGCAUUGGAAUGUAUUUGGAAGCAUUUCAGAAUGAAUACAUCAAAGCUGUUCUUGAAUGUGGGGCAGAACUUAAAACAGCUGUAUCAGCUAUUUGAUGCUGUUCUUGAGAAUAGAAGAUCAUGAAUCAAAGUCCCAUGACAUUUCUAAGCCAUAUGAAAGUAAAUGAUCAUUUAAAUAAUUAAAUAAUCUGAAAGGUUUUGUAAAGUGGUACCUCAUGCACAUUUAUUUACUAUAUAUUCCAUUGUUCUACAGCCUUAUCACACAUCAACAUGAUGGAAAAACAUUUUUAAAGCCAUUGUUGACUAUUUAAAGGGUUUUUUGUUGCGUGUUCAUAUGGCAUGAUGGUAUAAAAUAUUUCCCAACCACACUGAAAAAAGGCUGGCUUUGAAACUUUUGCUAGUAAAUUUCACAAAUAAUUACAAAUAACACAUUGAAUUAAAUGUGAUGUAAAUGUUUUAAAGUUGAAAGU